GGCUCUCCCUCUUCCUCCCACAACUUCCCUCGUGGCCUUUCUGCCUCUCUACCCCCCUUUUCCCAUCCCCACUACCAAAUAUCUUUCGCACAAUGGCAAUCCACUACUUGAUUCUCCUGUCGAGGCAGGGCAAAGUGCGCCUUGCCAAAUGGUUCACUACUCUCUCCCCCAAGGAGAAGGCCAAGAUCAUCAAGGAUGUGACCCAGCUGGUUCUGUCGCGUCGCACCCGCAUGUGCAAUUUCCUCGAAUACAAAGACACCAAGGUCGUUUACCGUCGCUAUGCCUCCCUCUUCUUCAUCGCCGGUUGUGCAUCCACCGAUAACGAAUUGAUCACCCUCGAGGUCGUGCAUCGUUACGUCGAGCAGAUGGACAAGUACUACGGCAAUGUGUGCGAGCUGGAUAUCAUCUUCAACUUCCAAAAGGCAUACUUCAUCCUUGAUGAGCUGUUGCUGGCGGGAGAAAUGCAGGAGAGCAGCAAGAAGAAUGUGUUGAGGUGCAUCAGCCAGCAGGACAGUCUGGAAGACAUGGAGGUAAGUCGAGAGCGUCUAUUGCUUCACAACACCCAGCACCCCCUAUUUGGAACAUGAGCACGGAACACCUGUCUUUGGAGCGUCCAAUUGCUACGUUUCUUUUUUCCGGCCCGCCCCUUUUUAUACCUGCGAGGUUCCGACAUCAUGAUCAAUUCCUGCGGCAACCUCCUUGUCCUCCUCCCCACAACAUCGUUUCCCUCCGCCCUGCCCCCUCAACCAAUCACUUCAUCUCAGCGAGCCAUACCAUCAUCUUCUGUCGACGUCAGCUAAUGCCGCCUCAGGUUGAGGAAGACGUGGUCACGAAGAUUAUG